AUGCAGAUACUCCCCAUAAUAUCAUCAUUAAUAUGCCUUAUACUAGUAAGUCUCACAUGGGCCAAGGAACGACUAGGGAAAUCAACCGUGCCAGCUUUUAGGCAGGACAAUGAAGUCGUUCAACCGAGUCAAAUACAAUACAAUGAACAGAAUCAACCGCAUAUUACACAACAACAACGACAGCAGCAGCAACAGUCACUAGAGCAACUACAACAUCAGCACAGUAAGUCACUUCUACCAUUGGAGUUUCGCUCAAUUGAUGACUGCGAAUUACAAGACAUUCUACUCGUAAGUGAUAUCAAUGGGAACCUCCAUGGGGUGGAGAGGAGUACGGGGACUAUGGUCUGGACCUUACCCAUAGAUGAACCUUUGGUUAAAGUGCAAGCAAACAAUACCUUUGAAAAUGCCAAAAGUCAACAAUCAAACAUAUUAUGGUUUGUUGAACCUCAUGAAGAUGGUACUUUGUACUAUUUUACUCCCAUGUUUGGGUUGAAUAAACUACCGACAAGUAUAAAACACUUGGUUAUGGAAUCACCAUUCUCACUAAGUGGUGACGACAAGAUCUACACUGGUACCAGAAAAACCUCCUUGUACAGUUUAAAUAUUCAUACGGGUGAGGUCAAAUCGUCUUUUGGGAACCAAGACGAAUGUCCUGUUCUGCAAACCACUUUGCCGCCCAGACCUGGUGGACAAGAUGAUACUAUAAUGAUUGGCAAAACAACCUAUCAAUUGUCGAUCCAUUCCAAAACAAACAGCAAUAUUGUGUGGAAUGUCACCUAUAAUCAGUGGGUACCCAAUAACAUUGACAAUGAUUUGAUUAUGCAAAAUAAAUAUUCACUAGACAAGUUGUAUUUUACUCCAUUCCACGACAGAUCGCUACUAGCUAUUAAUAAGGAUAUCGGUACGCCGGUGUGGAUCAGUCGGUUGCCAGCAUUGGCAGUAAAUAUAUUUGAUGUAUUCCAUAAUGAUAAACAAGGAGAUUAUAUACUAUUGCCACAUCCAUUGGAAGUUUUAAAUCAAUUACAGACCAGUGAUGCAAAGAAUGACGAUUAUGUCUUUCUCAACAAGACAGCAGACUCAAACCAAUGGGUUGCCAUGAGCUUCCACAAUUACCCUACUUUGAUAAAAAGCGCUCCUAUCUCCAAAUACCAAGCUAUCUUGAAUCAAUAUCACGCAGGCGUUAAUGAGGCAGCUGGGUAUAUUGAAAAUUAUCAAAUUGCAACAAGCACACCCGAGCAGGUUGAACAAUUGAUUACUGGUAUUCAUCGAGUCGUUGAAUUAUCAAGAGAUUCAUCAUAUCAACCUGUUUCUAAAUUCUCAUCACCAAAAGAUAUUAAACGAAUUGGGGAUGGUAACGAAGAAAAUAAUACACCAGCUCAGCCAAUUCCCAACAUUAUUGAAGGAAUAAAAUUCCCGGCAAAAGUGUCAACUAUUGGCUCUGAUGUGAUCAUGCUUGAACCGGUGAAGGAUACCGUUGAAAAUUAUCGACCAAGUGCAGGUUCUUCUGGAUCAGGAGCCAUUGUCAAACGCAUUGUUGAGGAUAUCGGUGUCAUGAUGGUGAUACUUAUCUUGAUACUAGCCUUUGGCAGGUCAAACAAAUAUGUCAGGAAGCUUUUUGGAGAGUUUAGAGUGAAGGAUGAUCUUGAAGUGGUAGGGGACGAAGCGCCAAACCAGAUUGUUGUUGAGCAACGAUCACCUGGCGCACUUGGUGAAGAAAAACCAGUGGACCUGGUUUCACAGCAAAGGGAAAAGGUCAAUGGUGGUGAAAAGUUAAUGGAGGUUCUUGAGGUGGAAAACGCACAAGAGUCGGAAAAGCCUACCGAAGGUUUACAUAAAAAGAAGGUUACAAUUGUUGAACCAGAAACAGAGCCUAUUGAUGAGAUUGACAUUGGCGUCAAACCAUUAUCGACGCAUGAAGGUGAGACCGAGAAUGGGUUGGUUAACAGUGACAACGAUGCAAGUGGAGGCGAUAAAGAGAGUAUUGAAACUGAGCCCGCCACUAAGAAGAAGCGGAAGAGAGGUAGUAGAGGAGGGGCCAAACGAGGUGGACGACACAUUAACAAGAAUAAGGCCACAGAAGAGAAGGAGUCGAGUAACGAAGACAAAAACAGUGAAGAAGAUGUUGAAGAAGAAACGAUUGCUACAAAGAGUCUUAUACAAACAUUGCCACUCCCACCUAAGCAAAAGAAGAAGCUACAAAUUGAAAAUAAUUUGAUCAUUUCUGAUAAAAUUCUUGGUUAUGGUUCUCAUGGAACAGUUGUGUUUGAGGGCACUUUUGAAAAUCGACCAGUUGCCGUCAAAAGAAUGUUACUUGAUUUUUAUGACAUUGCCAAUCAUGAAGUGAGAUUGUUGCAAGAAUCGGAUGAUCACCCUAAUGUGAUACGAUAUUUCUGCUCGCAAUCUUCAGAGUCGGAAAAAUUCCUAUACAUUGCGUUAGAACUUUGUUUAUGUACAUUGGAGGAUAUUAUCGAAAAGCCUCAAAAGGUUGCUGAUUUAUCAAUACCGAAGAGAAAUGACAUUUUGUAUCAACUAGCCAGUGGAUUACAUUACUUGCACUCGUUAAAAAUUGUUCAUCGUGAUAUCAAACCGCAGAAUAUUCUUGUUGCCAAUGUCAAGAAACCUAGUCAUUUGAAGAAGGAAGCAAUUGCUCUGGAGCAAAUUCAGUAUGAAAACAAUGUUCGAUUAUUGAUAUCUGACUUUGGGUUAUGUAAAAAGUUGGAACAUGAUCAAUCGUCGUUUAGAGCAACUACUCAACAUGCAGCUUCUGGAACUUCGGGUUGGAGAGCGCCUGAAUUGUUACUUAACCAUGACUUAUUAGAGAUUUCACCCGACUCCAUCUCAUCCGUUCAUUCUAAUGGACUAACAUCAUCUACAUCGGCGGCAUCCUCUUCUACAUUAUACACGUCUGGAGGCAAACGGUUAACAAAAGCCAUUGAUAUAUUCUCACUUGGAUGUGUAUUUUUCUACAUUUUGACUAACGGGUUACAUCCUUUUGGUGACCGAUAUAUGCGAGAGGGAAACAUCAUCAAAGGUGAAUACGACUUGUCAAUUUUGCUUACUAAAUGUCCCCAUGAUCAAUACGAAUCAAUUGAUUUGAUUUCAAGUUUAAUUCACGCCAACCCGGCCAUGAGACCAAACACCACCAAAAUCCUUGCCCAUCCAUUAUUCUGGUCAAAUACCAAACGACUUGAGUUUUUGUUAAAAGUGAGUGAUCGAUUUGAAAUUGAACGACGCGAUCCACCUAGUGCAUUGUUACUUGAGUUGGAAAAACAUGCACUCAUGGUGCAUAAUCUUAAUUGGCAUACCCAACUCGCUGAUGAUGAAUUUUUGGAAAAUUUGGGCAAGUAUCGGAAAUAUCAAACUACGAAAUUGAUGGAUUUGUUGCGAGCUAUUCGAAACAAGUACCAUCAUUAUAACGAUAUGCCAGUGAGUUUGCAAGAGAAAAUGGCACCUUUGCCCAAUGGGUUUUAUCAAUAUUUUAAUAACAAAUUUCCUCAUUUAUUGAUGGAGAUUUAUUAUUGUGUUGAAGAGAAUUUAAAGCACGAGUAUGUGUUUAGUGAAUAUUUUGCAUAG